UUCAAUGAUAUAAAAGCGCCAUUUUAUAUUUUUGAAAAUAAAUUACCAUAUGGGUCUUCUUCAUCCCAAUCCAACGCUUCCCGAACCUAAAUCAAAACCAAAACCAAAACCCUAACCAGUUGUAACAAACCUCACUACAAAUACUAACCAAACCAUUCUUCACAAACCCUCUUGAAAUUCCCAAACCUGAGUCGUUUCCUGACUCCACUCCUCCACCCUCUCUCUCUCUCUCGCCGCAACCAACCAUGCCCGAAGCACGUGACCGCCGUGUCACGCCGCUCGACGUGGCUGACAUUUUUACUCCCUCCGGAUCCUCCAUCUUCCAAGACUCCAACCCGCUCACUCUCCCAGCUGCUCCAUCUUUCGCAGCAAGACCAGAUCUGUUCGUUGCUCAACGAACUCCAACCGCCCGCGGAGUUGCUCGUGCGCGUCCUCACCACGCUCCGGGCAUCCAGAACACUCCACCAGUCACCAAUCACCGUGGGAGAACUCGUGGUAGUUCAUCGCGGAGUAUUCUUCCGUCUUGGUAUCCGAGAACUCCGCUGCGAGAUAUCACCGCCGUUGUUCGAGCGAUUGAGAGAAGGAGGGGUAGAAUCGGAAAUGAGGAAUUUCAGCAAACUGAAACGACACCGUUUUCCGUGACUCCGUUGAUGGUUUUCUCCGAUCCAUCUUCAUUUUCUGCUUCUGGUUCACGUGCCUCCAAGAAUUCUCCAAAUUCAUGUGUUAAACUGCGAACUCCUCACGGUAGCAAGGUUUCUAAGAUUCUCAUCGACGUUAUGAAACUUCCUCAAGACGAGGGAGAAUCGGAGUUUCUUACUCCGGAGAAGAAGCUUCUGAAAUCUAUCGAUGUAGUUGAGAUGGAAGUGAAACAAGAAUUGAUGAAACUGAAACGAACACCGACAGCGAAGAAGGCCGAAAGAGAGAAAAGAGUUCGCACAUUGAUGUCCAUGAGGUGAAUUGAACUGAAUUGAAUUGCAGGAAAUAGUUUUGAUCUGAAAUCAGAGGCAGUGAUUGAAGAACAGAGAGGAGAAUUUACGCGAAAUCAUCUUCUGAUGAUAUAUCGGUUUUCGAUCAAUUGUUUCUGCGGAGGAUUUGGUAUAAUUCCCAGUUUGCGUUAUUUUGAUAUCUUCGGCUUGAAGAUUAUAGGUAGAUACAUUUUGUUUUUCUCUUUACAUCAUUCUUUGAUGUUUUUCCUGCAUUGUAGAUUCUGUUUCAAUACUUUGUACAUAUUUCAAUUUUUCAUACAGUUUCAAUGUAUGAGAAGAAACUUGCAUCGGAUUUGUACACUGGUUGUUACAUCAAUAGAAUUUACUCUUUUGGGAAAUUGUGA